CAAGCUAAACAGUGCUGUCAUGUAGCUCAGGGACUAGCUAGCAUGUAGCAGUUAACAAAGUGAAGCUGUCUUUUUAAAUAGUAGCUGUGCAGCAGGUUUUACUUUACGAAGUUAUACUAAGUUAUGCUAAUUGUGCAUGACAUAUUUAAAUGUAAUGUACCAAGGUUUGUAAUAUGUGCUGUUAAAAGCAGUUAUUUGGAACUGAUUUCUUGAUAUUAAAAGUAUUUCUGAACACCACACUCCAUUAUUUCAUGCCUAAACUUUAUAAGUCUGUGAUUGAGGAUGUGAUCAACGAGGUGCGAGAGCUGUUCCUGGACGAGGGGGUGGAUGAGCAAGUGCUCCUGGAGCUGAAAACGCUAUGGGAAAACAAACUGUUGCAGUCCAAGGCAGUGGAGGGUUUCCAUACUGAGGAGCAGGCAGCCCUGCAGGCCGCUCAGCAGCAGCAGCAACAGCAGCAGCAGGUCCAGCAGGUCCAGCAAGUCCAGCAGGUGACCCAGCCAGCACAGACCCAGCAAGUCAUCCUGCCCCCUCAGCAGCAGCAAGCUCCCCAGCAGCAAGUCAUUGUUCAGGAUUCCAAGAUUCUACAGCAUAUGAGUGCAACGGGGAUGAGUGCAGCAGCUACCGCAGCAACCCUUGCUUUGCCCACAGGGGUCACCCCAUACCAACAGCUCAUCACCAGCCAAGGUCAGAUCCUGCAGGUGGUGCGUGCUCCCAAUGGGGCGCAGUACAUCAUCCAGCAGCCCCAGCAGCAGAUCCUCCUGCAGCAGCAGAUGCAGCCUGGUGGCGUGCAGGCGCCGGUCAUACAACAGGUACGCCCCAUUACACAGGUCCUGGCUCCUCUGCAGGGAGGUCUUCCCCAGCAAACAGGAGUCAUCAUCCAGCCGCAGCAGAUUGUUUUAGCUUCAGGAAACAAAGUCCAGGGCAGUACGCAGGUGAUGCAGGCAGCGAUGGCACAGCAGCCGGGUCAGGCAGCAACAGCUCAGGUCCAGCAAGUCCAGCAGGCCCAGGGUGCAGCUGCACCACAGGCUCAGCCUCAGCAGCAAGCCCAGUCCCAGGCUCAAGCCCAGCCUCAGGCCCAGCAGCCUCCCAUGAUGCUGCAGGUGGACGGAGCCGGAGACACCUCCUCAGAAGAGGACGAGGAUGAGGAGGAGGAGUAUGAUGAAGAUGACGAGGAGGAGAAGGACAAGGACGGGGGAGAGGACGGCCAGGUGGAGGAGGAGCCUCUGAACAGCGGCGAUGAUGUCAGUGAUGAGGAGGACCAGGAGCUGUUUGAUACAGAGAAUGUAGUGGUGUGCCAGUACGACAAGAUUCACAGAAGUAAGAACAAAUGGAAAUUCCACCUGAAGGACGGGAUCAUGAACCUGAACGGGAGAGACUAUGUCUUCUCCAAAGCCAUUGGGGAUGCCGAAUGGUGAAGUAGAAGGAAAAAAAAAACAAAAAACAGACAAAGCGACAGGAGCAGGAACUCUGUAACUCCUUCUAUCCAGUUAACAGACACUUCAAUAUCCUUCCAUAUCCUGUGACUGGAUUCAUUUCAGGAAACUUCUUCAGAGUGUUUGAGAACUCUGACAAACCCAAAGGACUGUGAGGUACCGUAAAAACCUGGGUGUCGUCAAAAAAAAAACACUCGACUAGCCUUGGGGGAUGAGAAACUUACAGCGGAAGGGAAAGCCUGUGAAAAGAGCGAUCUCUAUCUUCUUUAUUUUUUAUUUUUUUGCUUCAUCCGGGCUUCUCUUCCCUUUUUUUCCUGAGAGAAUUCACACCCAUUGGAAAGUAAGCAUUUCACAUCGUACAGGUGUAGUGGACCAGGGUGACCCGACCUGGAGGUCAGAGGUCAUUGAUUAUAACCCCGUAGAUGAGAAACACCUUCUCUGAUGCACUGUAGUCGGUUGACUGGAUUGACUCGUGUCUACAUUUAAGUCCAAACUUAGUGCCACCAGUCAAGAUUGCUGCCUUUAGAACGGCCAGAAUCACCUUUUGGCUUCUAAUUUUUGUUCUUGGAUCAUAAUACUGUCUCAGUCCAUGUUUCUGAAAUGGUGCUCCAGAGUGUUUUAUGUAGUUAUCCCCUGUUAUUGUUUUAAUCAUUUUGUUUUAAAUGCGCUUGAUGAAGGGUUAAGACAAAGAAGGUAAAAAUUACAGGAAUUCUAAACUAAUUAAAAAGUUAUUUAAAGGCAAUUUUUUUUUUUUUUUUAAAUUUACGAAGCAGUGCUGAAUCAAAGAAAUACUGUUAUUUUCCUCAUCGCCUUCUCUGGAGCUUCAUUCCAUCUUUGUCUCAAAACUUAACAAGAACAACAACAAAACAAAACAAGAAGAGAAGAGCAGAUCCAACACUGAAUUCAUUUAAGAAUUGUACAAAUUGUCUGAGCGUUUGUCCUGUCGGUGUAUCUUCUUUGCUUUUAUUUUUAGUUCUCUGCUGCCGUCUGAAAAAAAAUAAUAAUUGCACUGUCAGUUUAUCAAUGUGUCGUGAAAUCAGUCAGUCGAGUUAAUCAAUAGCCACAGCGUGCUCUCCUCUGUCCAUUUGUGUGUGUGUGAAAGAAUGACUGUGUGGGUGUGUGUGUUGACUGAAGUGUGUGUUGUCAUCGCUUUUUUUUUUUCUUCUGGAAUUGUGUCAGUUUAUUUUCUCCUGCACACCCCAUGCUCUCAAAUUGUCACAGCUGAAACAGUAAAAAAAGAAAAUAGAACAAAUUAGAUAUCUUUGGUGGGGACAGGAUGGUGUCCUUUUUUUUAAUUUAUUCCUUUAUGAAGUUUAUGAAAUGUUCUGUAUUUCGAAAAGGUUGGAAAGCCGCACCAAACUGUGCUCUUAUAAUCUAAUAAGUGUUCCUUUUUCUUUUUUUUUCUUCUUUUUUUUUCUUUCUGUUGGCUGGACAAAGCUUCAAAACGCCGUGCUCCAAAAACCAUUUCGUCCACCACAUGUUUCUCCUGUGCUUUCAUUUUAUCUAUGACUUUUAAACGAGAAUAUUUUCUAUUGAAGUGAGUUGAACUCGGGUCGGGGGGGGGGGCCGUGUGUUUCUCUGCAGUUUGUUUUUAGUGGCCCUGUUGCAGCAAUUUGAAAUAAAAUAUGUGUUUUUUGACUGUUGUGUCGAUUUGGUUGAUGGUUGGCUCAAUAGAGUAGUAUGUUGUUUGUUUUUUUUAAAAAAGACCAUCGAUGAAGUGUAGAUGAGGUCCUAACUGGCAGAACCAAGAAGUGAAACAUUUAAUAUGUUCUGUUGGAUUUUUCAAAACAAAAUCACAUUGUCAAAAAUCAUACUUUCUUCACAGUUACUAAAAUGUAAUAGUGUCUAUUUUGUGAUUUAUUCUGAAUACAAAGCGGCCAUUAAAAAGGCAUUCACUUUCAAGAAUACAGUUGUCGGCGUCCCGUCACCAUCCUCCAAUAACAAAUUAUUAUGUGCCAUGGGAGAUGUUCCCAAAACAGAGACAAAUCAGCUCUUUCAGCUCAGCACUCAGCGACUCUCCGUGGUUAUCAGUCACCAAACUCAAAUCAGUUCAUCGUUGCUUAAUGACUUUUAUGUUCAUCUCCUUCUCACUGAAUGUUGCGUGUGCCUUUCUGAACUCUUAUUUUCUCUCCGCUGUUCACAAAAUGAUAGUUGAGCUUAUGAAAGGAUGUCUAUUAAAAAUGUAUCCACUGCUUUCUAAUUGUUUUGUCGUGUGUGUGUGUUCUAGCUGCUGUUCAGAUGACGAAUGAAUUCUUAUGAAACAUUUACAAUUUUGAAAAAAUUAAAAUCAAGUUUCGAACAAA